GGUGGGUAGACUUCUAGAGCCAACCCCCAGAGACUCAGAGCAUAUCCGGUUUUAGCAGAGCUGGGAGGCUCCCGAGUGGCGUGCUGAGAAGUGCAGGCUCUGCUGAACAGACUUUGGAACCAUGAACAUAUUUGAUCGGAAGAUCAACUUUGAUGCCCUCUUAAAAUUUUCCCACAUAACUCCCUCGACACAGCAGCACCUAAAGAAGGUCUAUGCCAGUUUUGCACUCUGCAUGUUUGUGGCGGCAGCAGGGGCCUAUGUCCAUGUGGUCACACAUUUCAUUCAGGCUGGCCUGCUGUCUGCCUUGGGCUCCUUGGGCUUGAUGGUGUGGCUGAUGGCAACACCUCACAGCCAUGAAACUGAGCAAAAGAGACUGGGACUUCUCGCUGGCUUUGCUUUCCUGACAGGAGUUGGCCUGGGCCCGGCUUUGGAGCUGUGCAUCGCUGUCAAUCCCAGCAUCCUCCCCACUGCCUUCAUGGGCACGGCCAUGGUCUUCACCUGCUUCAGCUUGAGCGCACUCUACGCCAGGCGCCGGAGCUACCUGUUUUUGGGAGGUAUCUUGAUGUCAGCCAUGAGCCUCAUGUUCCUGUCCUCUCUGGGGAACCUUUUCUUCGGAUCCAUUUGGCUAUUCCAGGCAAACCUGUACCUGGGGCUGCUGGUCAUGUGCGGCUUUGUCCUUUUUGAUACUCAGCUCAUUAUUGAAAAGGCUGAGAAUGGAGACAAGGAUUACAUCUGGCACUGCAUCGACCUCUUCUUAGACUUCAUCACACUCUUCAGGAAGCUCAUGCUGAUCCUGGCUUUGAAUGAGAAGGACAAGAAGAAGGAAAAGAAGUGAACUGGCCGCCAGCCUUCCCCGCGGGACUCUUCUCCCUCUGCCCCUCGUUUCUUUGCGCCAUCCCAGGUGCCGUGUUCUGUGAUAAUGAAAAGCACCAGGAAAGCUUUUGUACUUUGUGGUUUUCUCUA